UUUUCGUUUAUGACCUUUAAUUAUUUUAAUUGUUUAAUUUAAAUUCGUCGAUUGUUAAUGUCUCGUUUUCUCUACUCUUAUGGUUGUUUAUUGUUUCUUCAGUGGCUUCUCUUGGACGGAUAAAAGAGAGACAAUUAAUUGUGAUGGGUUAACAUUUUUCCCUCCAUUUGUGAACAAGACAUUGGCCUCUAAAAGAAUUAUAAUCAAAGAGAAUCUUUUUUUGUUCUUUUCUCUUUUCGUCUUGAUUGUAUUUUAAUAUUUUUAAGUUAAAUUUCCAACUUAAUUUAGAUUGUGUAUCUAAAUUGAGGGGGAGUAUUUAAGAUGGUUGACUAAAUGGUUUGUGACUGUAAUUAAUUGUUCUCUAUGGAUGGUUGCUACACAUCCUUCUCUCUUUCUCUCUCACAAUUGAAUCUAUUUUUGGAUACAAUUUUUAUUCUCUCUCACAAUCUAAUGGAAUCAUCUGUCUGUUCCUAUAAAUGACCCAAGGACAAUCAACCAGUUCUCAGCGACUAGUUAACUCUUAACAAUAACCGUGAACUAAUUGAUUUGGGAAAAGACUAUUUCUAUAUUGAUGACUGAUUCUUGGUGGAACCAAUAUUGUUUCCGAAAAGAACACCAAUCGUUUUUAACCAAUAACAAUCACUGGUAUUCACCCAAAAAUCACAUCAGACCAAUAUCAAUUUUCCGUUUUUCCUCAACUUAAUUGUUCGUUCGACUAAAUUUACCAGCCUCAUGAACCAUAAUUUAAUUGCUGGUUUGAUUUAUUCAUAUUGAAUAAACUCGUUCACAAGGAGAACUGUUUAUUUUUUGCUGGUGAUAAUUAACUAUUACAAUUAGGAUGCUACUUACAACUCUAACCUUAUGUUAUCAAUUACUCGUAACCAUAUUCACUAACAAUAAUUAUCACUACAAUAUAAGAUUGUAAUCAACCAGUUAAACAAUUUACAUUCAUCGUUUCAUAUGAAUAAUCAACAAUCAGAUGAUGAUGAUGAUGAUAGUCUUCAAUUCUUGGUAAACAAACAAAACCCUAAAAAAUAAGUUGAUUAACCUGCUGAUUAUUAUCAUUUAAUUUUGAAUCAUCUCCUUUAAAUGGACAAUCAACUAGAAUUGGAAUCAAACAACAAAAAUCUGGAUCUAAAUCAAGAAUCAACGAGUUGUCCUUUUAAUCAAUUCAACUUUUCUAAUUGGUUAUAAAACAAUUAGUAAAUAAUAUCCUUCGAUAAAUGCUCUCAAUCGUAUCGUUACUAAUGAAUCUGAUAUUAAUUGUCAAUCGAUCAAAGUGAUUAAGAAACAAUAUGAUACAGCUAAUUUUUGAUUCAUUAAUUUAAUUUAGUAACAUUAAUAAUCAAGCAAACUUGAUCAUUAUCAAGGUUAAUUAACUUUUUGACUUUGAUAACUUUUGGUUAAUAAUCAAGUGCAAAAAAGAAACAUUAACUAACAAUUAACUAACUAACUAACUAAUUACUAGUAACAUAAAUGAUAUAAUACCCAAAGAAGAUAAACAAUUUAUUAAUUUUUCCACUAACAAUUAGGUUAAUCAAAAGCAAGAAAACAAAAAUUGACGAAAAUCGGACAAGAAACUUUUUGAUUAAUAUAAUCAACUUUCUGAUAUUAAUCAAGAAUAUUUAAUCAAAUGGAAUCAAAAUAUAUAAAUGAUUAUGAUUAAAACGAUGAUUAAGGUUGAAAGGUAAAAUUUAAUUUUCUAAUUGUGAUUAAACUUUUAACUUUAACCAAACAAUCAUAAUGAAGAUAAUAAACUAUUCGAAACUAAUUGAAAUUAACCAAGACAAAUUAACUAACAUCUUAUAGACUAUAACACAAUUAACCUUCAAUUUUCGGAGAAAACAACGAAAAAAUGUUUUAUCCCAACAAUUAACUAAAUUGUGAAAGUAAAAAUUAAUUAUCAAAAUGUUGAUUUAUUAACAAAACUAAAAAGUACAAAAAGACUGAAAAGAAAAAUUAAAAAGUCGUUUAAAAAAUUGAUUAAAAUCAAUCAUCAACCAUGUAGAAUAAUAAUUUUAAUCAAUUUUUCUCUUUUUCUAAUUAAUUGGAAACGAAAAAAUUAAUUACAAUUAACAAUUAAAAAGAAAAAAGAAUUCAUGAAUAAAUCGAAUAAGAGAUGGAGCCACUUUCGAGAAAAAUGUUCUCUUUCUUUUUCUUUCUUUCUGAUGCUUUGUAUGUAUUUACUUCUGCUCAUUCAUAGUUCUUGAUGUUAGUUUGUGACAAGAUUUUACUUCAUGAAAAUAAAUUCAUGUUCAGUUGAAAUUACGACAAUUUAAUCAUCUUUUUUUUUAAUUUGUAUAAAAAUCUAAAUCAUCUGGUCCUAACGAUUCACCAUUUAACCUAAUUUUUAAUUUUGUUCCAAUUAUGAUUAAUAAUAAAAAGAUUAAUUUGAGAUUGAUUCUAGUCUCUGGGAAAACCAAAGAUUUUCAAUUCAGUCCAAAUGAUUCAGCCUCUGAUAUCGCCCAAUAUGUAUUUGAACAUUGGCCUCCAGAAUGGGCAGAUGAAUCCGUUAGUAGAGCUGAAAUAUUAAGACUCAUAUAUCAAGGAAGGUUUCUACAUGGAAAUGUUAUUUUAGGAGCUCUUCAAUUACCGCUUGGUCGGACCAGUGUGAUGCAUCUCGUUCCAAGGGAAAACUUACCCGAGCCCAAUUCUCAAGAUCAACGCCAAAAAAGCAAAGAAAGGAGCAGCGGUUGUUGCAAUUCAAAUUGUUCAAUCAUUUGAGAAAGUUAAUUGAAAGCAAAGGAUAAAAUGAUUACUAUUAAUAUUAUUUAACAAGGAAACAAAAGACAACAAUUAACAUACACAUACAUACACACAUACACAUACACAAACACAAGGAAUUUGCUAAUUUAGUUUUAAUUAAACGGAGAAAAAAAACAAAACAAUUAACACUCUCGGCGAAACUUCCUUAAUUCCUGAUGUUGAUCCUCUCUGAUGAUUAAAAAUCAAUCGGCCCAUUGUUAUAACAAUUAAAAGAAAAAGUAAUCAAACAAUUUGAAUGGAAUACAAAUUGAUAAAGUAACACGAAUAAUUUUCAAUCGCCAAUGGAACGUCCUGUAACUCUUUCUUCUCGUUUUUUGUUUAAUUUUUUCGCAUCUUCAUCUUCAUCACCACCACCAUCAGCAUCAUCAUCAUCACCUUCAUCAUCUCCAUCAUGUUCAUCAGCUUUUUCAUAAUCUCCAUCAUCAUAAACUUCAUCAUCUUCUGUUGAUUCUUCCGGGUAGUUUUCUGUUUACCUCAAACCAUUUCUCCCGAAAAUCUUUGAUUUUAUAAAUGAAAAUCGAAGACGACAAUUGACCUAAGACUUUAAUUGUGACCUUAGAAAAUUGGUGAUAACAACAAUUAACCGCAAUUCAACUCAAUUGGUCAAGCAAAUUUUUUUUUUCUCUCUGUCCUUUGAUGAUAAAUCAUCUUCAUCUGCCAACAUCUUUUCAGGAUCACUAAUCAACAAGAAAAAGCCUAACUACCUGGAGAGAUUAUUAUUAUAAUAAUAGACUCUUAUUAUUAUAAUUAAUUAUUACUAUUAUCAUUAUCUUAUUAUUAUUACUAUUAUUAAUUAUUAUGAAUAUAAAUACAUAUGUAAAAAUAAUACACAGCAAAUACCAUUCACAAAAUCAACAGUAAACAACAACAUGGAAACAUCAAUCGGAGGAAGAUCAUCUCUUAAUUACUAUAAUUAACUAAUUUUUUUUUCUUUCUUUCUAUGAUUAUCAUUCUCAUAGUCUUACAUAUACACAUACACACUGAUUAAUUGAUUAUCACAAGCAAUUAAUUGAUUAAUUUGCUUUCUUUUUAAUUUUCAUUCUACUUUUUGUUUCUCUUCAUCUUAAGUUUCAUUCUCAUCUCCAAUCACAACAAUUUGUAAAUAAUAAUAACAAUGUAAUAACGAUAAUAUUAAUUAUUAUGUAUUUCGUUUAUCCUCUUCCGCCACCCCAACCCACUCCCACCACCAACACCACCAUUAUCCUCCUUUUAAUCAUCAUUCCAAAAAUAAAUAAUAAUGAUUUCGAUUGAAACAAU